CGUGAGCCGCGACCGGCCGCUGGUACUGCUGCUGCACCUGCUGCAAUUGGGGCCGCUCGUCAGGUGCGUGGAAGUCUUUUACAUUUACUUCCAUGCCGGCAGAGUUGAAGAGCCCUAUGUCAGCAUCACGAAGAAGAGGCAGAUGCCCAAGGAUGGGUACUCAGAAGAAGUUGAGAAGGAAGUGGGCCAGGCUGAAGGCAAGCUGUGUACCCACAGGUCUGCAUUCAGCAGGGCCUCUGUGAUCCAGGCAUUCCUUGGCUCAGCGCCACAGCUCACACUCCAGCUCUACAUCUGCGUCCUGCAGCAGGAGAUCACGGCUGCCAGAAGUGUUUUUAUGGUCCUUUCUCUUCUGUCAAUUGUAUAUGGCGCCUUACGCUGCAACAUCUUGGCUAUUAAGAUUAAAUACGAUGAUUAUGAUGUCAGUGUGAAACCAGCUGCCUACCUCUGCAUAUUCAUGUGGAGAAGCUUUGAGAUUGCUACACGCGUUACGGUGUUGGUCCUUUUCAGCUCAGUCCUUCAGAUCUGGACUCUCCCUGUUGUGCUAGUGAAUUUCUUUGGUUUUUUCUUUUAUCCAUGGAUUCUCUUCUGGCAAAGCAAGUCCCCAUUUCCUGAGAACAUAGAGAAGGCACUGAGCAGGGUUGGCACUACUAUUGUCUUGUGCCUUCUUACCUUCUUGUAUGCAGGCAUUAAUAUGUUCUGCUGGUCGGCAGUGCAGGUGAAGCUCAAUGAUCCUGACUUAAUUAACAAAUCCCAAAAUUGGUACCGAUUGACUGUGUAUUAUAUGCUGAGAUUCAUCGAGAAUGCAUUCCUCCUGCUGAUGUGGUACAUCUAUAAAACCGAUAUCUACUUAUAUGUCUGCGCCCCGUUGUUGGUCUUGCAGCUCCUGAUAGCUUACUGUAUGGCUAUCCUCUUCAUGUUGGUGUUCUACCAAUUCUGCCACCCAUGCAAAAAACUGUUCUCAUCCAGCAUUACCGAAGGUUUGCUGUCCUGUUUCAUGUUCUGCUUUCUUUGCAAGUCUCCCAAAUCCUCCAGCUUGACAGACAAAGCGGAUUUGAAAUCAUCUGAAAAUGCUGAUGAAUCACAGAGCAGUAACAAGACAAUAGAUUCUCCGAAUGGGAAUCCUCAUCAAAGUGUUUCUUCCAAUGCCUAGUUCAACUGGAAGCAAGUCUGUGCCUUUGGAACGUGGCAGAUCAGCUGCUGGGAAUGUUGGGCCUCAUGGAUAUUGUGUCUUGUGGAUGGGAUUUCUUUCUUGCAGGUGUACACUGCAUGACAAGUGACAAGCCUACCUUUGUGGAAAACUGAGUUUGGGUACGUGUACCUGACUGUCUGUGUAUGGACAUAGGGAGCAGUCAUUGUUUGUAGACUUCUGUUUCAGAUUUUUAUUUUUGCACAUAGGUUUAUUAUCCUGUGCCUAUUUUAAAAUCAUUAUAGAAGACAUCCUUUAAAAACUAGCCUGAUUCUCAUCUUACUCAGGAAAUCUGAGGAUGGAAGGAAGCGCGUUUCAAUUCAGAAAGGAUGUCAUUAUGGCAUGUCACCCUCACACAGACACAGAGCAUAGUCUUUGACUUUAAACUGACUAUAGCUGUGGUCUGCUUUGAUUGAAUUGCAGACUACACUCUAAGCAAUGUGAUAAAAUAAUGCUUCUCUCUGUGGCGCAAGAAUUUGACUUCUACAAUGCACAGUAUCCUAGGUUGCCAAGAAAACAGCUAAUUAGCUAGCACUAAUGCUGAAAUAUGACUGUUACUGAGAGUGGACAGAGGGGUUAUUGGCUUAUGCACUAUCUUACUCUUCAUAUUUGCUGCUUGCUACUAAGGGAAUUAAAUUGAGCACAGUAAGCGUAAUGUUCUGGAACAGUUUGGUGUACUGACAGCACUUAAAUACUACUUCAGUAUCUGUGGUACUCUGGUAUUAGGGUGGCGUUCACUUCACAUAGCUUGAGAUAUCUUCGAGUUUGAUCGAUAGUGUGAACUAGUCAGCUAGGGGCUCUCCAAGAAAUAUCUCCAGUGAGUGAUUCAGCCUUUCUGAAAAUGUUGGCUUAGGUGACAUGAAUCAUUCUCUGAAGACCUACUGCUCUGUGUUAACCAUAUGUCUUGACAGCUGAUUUGACUAUCUCUCCAUUUCAGAUGGCUAAAGUUAGAAAAGACAAGUGCUCUUCUGACGGUCGGAGGGGUUGGUAGCACAUGAAGCAGGUGCUUUUGAGAUAGCUCCUUUCUGACACUGUAUUGUGGCUGGUUUGGUAUCAGUAGUGCAAACCCUCUGGCAUCUUUUACCUCAUAAGUACUACUGGCUUGAAGUCUAAAAGAAAGAAAAUGGAAGUUGUUGACUUUUUCUUCUAUGCACUAUAUCACCACAAAUGAAAGUGUUUCUGUAUUUUGCAAAUCACUAAAACUUUAGCAGGUGGAUAACCAAGAAGUACAAUUUAGUGGAAUUACAAAACAAUACAGCUGUAUUUACAAGGAGUAAGUGAAAGCGUUUUGCACUUUGGUUACUUAGCACUUUGAGUUUCUUCUGUACUUGACACAUUGUGACUACUGUUGAAGAGAAAAUAAUUCAUGAUUCAAAGUACCUUCUCGUGCCUCAGCUUAACUUCCAACCUGCUGUCAUGGAGAAUGUGAAGUUCUUAGGUAGGGAUCAGAUCGACACCAUUUUAUUAGACAUGUCUCAAGUUGGGGUCUGAAGUCAUUUGUAAUGGGAUUGUAAUGGGAUGAAGUACUGCAAAGAUCUAAGCUGUUUUAUUUUUUGUUUACUGCACUGUAAAUGAAAUGUCUUCCUACUUCUGUUUUAUAAUGGAGUUAUGUUUUUUCAAUUUGCUUGAUGUGUGUAUGUAUGUGUGCUAUAUAAUUAAAUUAUUGGUGGGUGUAAUGUGAGUUUCUGGUGUGAGCUUACCAUAGGAACAUAGCUCACGUAUUUGGGGAAGGCACCAAAUAUCUCUGCUCUAGUUUCUCUCUCUGAGAAGCAUUAGAAUGGUGAAGCGAUUCCUUGAAAAUAUGACAGUAUUUCUCUCUACUUCUAUACAAAAAGGAUAUGUACAGUAUUUCCAUGUACGUUUGAAAAGAGUGGGAACUUCACAAACCUCAGCUAGUGUUAUGCUUCAGGUAAGUCAACAAUAGCAGAAUUAUGCAGCUGGGAGUUCAGUAUGUGUGUGUAGUGGGUACCAUUUAACUUCACAUACUAAUGAUGGAUGCUAACGUGUAUACAUGUUUUUAGAGAAUGUGCCAUAUUACUUCCUAUUUUUAUAACAGCAUCCUCAAAUGCAUGCAUAGAAGCCUGAAGAUUUAAAUCAUUAUGAGAAAAAGAUUGUUUGGGUUAUAUUGCUGUUACAUGGCUUUGCCAUAGUUGUGCAUACCAGCCAAAUGCAGUUAAACACUCCAUCAACAUGAGUGCCAUUGCUUUAGCUGUGCCUCAUGUCUCCUCAGCAUCAACUGCUGAUUGACUAGCAGUAUCGUGCUCUGUGUAUGUUCUGAUCUUGUGGUGCUGCCACUGCUGAAGAGAGAGACAAAGAUGUUCUGUUGCAUUAAGACCAGUAUUGUACAAACAAGCUUAUGUUUCUAAAGUGUCCCAUAAUGUGAGGAAAUGCUUUUUGUGUGACAAUCUAGAUAGUGUUGUUAUCAAUACACUCAGUGGCUGCACUGGGAGAAGGAUCGUAUUAGCUAGGAAAGAUGUAAGUGUUUGAAUGAGUGAUGUCUUAAUGCAAGUUUACCAUUGUUUUUAAGUGUUACAGGUGUACGUGUCACUGAAAAGGUACAGGGCUAAUGUUAAAAACUUCAUUCACUUCAGUAGUCCUGAGUCACACAAAGGAUUGCUCGGUAAGGAUUGUUCAUGUAAAUGAGUAUGCAAGAUCUAGAACACAGAACAUAGGUUUUCUUUUAUACUUGUAAAACAACACAUUAAAAUGUUGAAAAACAAACUUAAAUUGUGUUGGUGUCCAUUCUUAAUACAGGCUUUUAGAAGUCCAAGCUAAAGGUUAUAUAGUAUGCCGUCAGCUGUACCACACAGAACAAAAGAUGUUUUUAUGCAAAUCUGACAGAAUAAUAAUCUGAUUGAUUUGGGAGUUCUUCAUCCAAAAUCAGGGUGCAUCUAAUGCUAUUUGGCUAGUAGAGAACUCAGCAGAAAAUGUAGUAGUUGGUUUAAGAGAACAGUGUCAUACAGAACAAGACUGGCAUAAGUUAUUUAUUGUCACUGCUAGUCCCAGAUUUGAUCAACAGUUUAUGUAUAAGGCUGUAUGUGCACAAAUAACAUAUAAUCUUAGCAAAGCUGACAAAGCUUACAAUCUAUCUAAGAUGUGAUCUUAGUGAGGCUAGCAAAGUGUAAAACAUUUGUCACUUACUGAGGAUCUGUAUCAGCAAGGCAUCUUGACAUCAAGGUGUAAGGGAUCUCUGUAUAGGGGUAACCUUGAGGUUGCUCACUAUUUAAGGAAUAAGAUAAUUGACUCAUAAGUUGCUUUUUAGGUGUGUGCUCAAUUGGACUUCAGCUGUUGAACCAGGUGUCUGCUAUCAGUUCUUUCAGCCCCUCAGUUUGCGACAGGUUUGUGGUCAUUAAUGUAUUUUAGCAAGAACAUUAUUGGUACUGCUGCUCACUGUCCAUCCGUGCAAGGUCUUGGGUACAAGGCCAGGUCAAUGGAAGGGGUUGAGGGAAGGAAGCAGGAGGGGUGGAGUAGGAGGAGCACACUGUCACACAAAUUCGUGAAGACUAUCGUUUGCCAAGAGGAGAUAUGCAAACUGAUGCAAUCAUCCUACUGAUAAUUAAAGUUUUAGCGUGAGUUAUCUACUUGAUUUUCUGUCUGACCUCUUAGUAAGCCAGGAGCUUUCUCUUUUUAGGUGUGUUAAAGCUGUGUAAUCACACUCAGUGAUCCAGGUACCUGCUAACUCUCCCUCUAGGCAUGAAAGAGUAGAAGUUGUUGAAAUAAAGAGGUACAGAGGGAAGGAAGAUGAAGAUGUUAUGGAAGUCGUGGAAGGUAAUAAAAGUGGCUUCAAUUUACAGGGUUCACUGAUUACAGAAAAACAUAUUUAAAGUUUCUAACCAUUCAAGUAAAAUAGAGGGUUUUUUUAUUAUUCUUAAAAAACGUAUGGCAACUAAAAUGAAACCUUUUUAAAAGAAAAAAGAAUUGAUUAUUUGCAUGCCGGUUUGAUAUUUGCAGGCUUGACUCAGCACAUGCAAAUAUUUAAGGUUGGUAAACUGUACUAGUUUGGGAAAAAAAAAACAAACUUUUAUUUCCCCACAUUUCCUACAUUUUUUUCCAUAGGAGCUGAUGGUAUCUAUCUGUCUGAGACUGGUAAAGAAUGCAUUGUCUCAAAUCAUCACGAGACAAUCGAAACGCUUUGUGGACAGUUUUACAUUUGAAAGCAUUUCUUUCGAGCUGUUUGCCUUUGCAAGGGAGGGCCUGAAGUGUUUUCUGGCUGAAGGCUUGCCCUGGAAGCUAAUGUUUCCAACCUGAUACAAGAGAUUGAGAGAUGAUACCAUUGUGUCCUGUGAAGACAAGAUACAAGCUGGCAUCUCCUUGAGUCCUCCUCUCCCUGCCGAUUUAAAUUUGCAAGGCGUGGAAAACUGGAAAAAGAGUUCCUGCUGGAAUCCCCCGAAGCCAGAAGCUGUCAAUUCAAAAGAGCAGGCUCGACCACUCUGGACUAUAAGAACAUGUACUUUCAUCAUAGUUAUUCGACAGCUUACUACCAUAGCUUCGGAUAACCCACCACUGCCAAAGAUCAGCACUACCAAGACAUCGCUGGAUCGAGAAGUGGUGAACCGUUUUUGCUUUGCGGUGUUUUUAUAAAUCUGUAUGUCUGUCUGUCUCUCUUUCUCCGGUUUCUGUCUUUUCUCUUUAUCUUCUUUUACUCCUUCACUCUUCGUAGUAGCCAUUGCAUAAUAUUGUCUUAUCUGUAACGCUACUCAGGAGACAGAAAAAGACUGAUCUCUCUCAAAACCCACAGGGUGGGAUGAGACACUAGUCUAAAACAGCAAACCAUUUUCUGUUACUUCCUGCCUCCUGAAAGUGCUCAUGUACCAAAGGAAACAGGAUUUUGAGCUGAGAUUUGUGCAAGGCAAGCAUCAUAGUGAAUGUUUAUAAUCUAGUAUUUUAAAAUGCAAUUGAUGUGAUUGACUGUAGUCACUCAGGAGGCAUCACUGGAACAUGAAUAUAUAGUACUUUGGUAGAGAUUAUAAGUUUAAUUAUCUGGAGACAGAAGACUUAAGGUAAGAGGUUUUAAGGACUGUGUAAUUUCUUCUUUAUCUCUAAGAACAAGUUUAAUGAAACUCUUUUGUCUGAGCUUCAUCUCAGUACUCAAGUCAAAAUGCAAGGUAGGUGCUUCAAAAUCACAACAUGGGUAUUUACAGAAUCUCUCCUUCAAAUAAGCAACAACUUUACAACAACUGUAUGUCCUAGAAAAAGGAAAAGAACAGCUUUAUCCUUUUCCAGAUUUCUCACAAUCCUAAGGAAAAUCUCUCACUCCUGAAAAUAAAUUUUUCAGUAGUCCUGAGUGUCAGUAUUCAGGUACAACAAUUUCACCUUUCAGAAUUGUAAUUCAGAUGUGAACGCUUAUAUGUGUAAAUAGUUUUAACCACAAACUCAUAUUAAUGAGUAAACGAAGAUAAGCAUAGAUAGAUGCUAAUUAGCUGACGAUUUUUUCUAGGAUUGUUCUGAAAUAACAUCAGCAUUGAAGUGUUUUGGCUCUGAAGGUGAGAUAUGGUUUAUUGAGCUAGAACCAGCCUGUCUGAAAUGUUUGUCCUGAGCCUUCUCAUUCCUUGCUGUUAAGUUUCUAUUUUGAAAGAGAAAACAAAGUGAUGGAAUAAAUGUUACAUAUCUUAACUUCUGGAAAUUCUUUCGAUACCUCUUCUUCUCAUCUGAUUAAUGUGUCCCUGGGCAGCCCGUUCCAUGCCCACCGCCCUGUGGUGCAGCCCCUUUCCCUGACC